GAAAGCUAGGCAUGGCUUUUUCCAGGUCUAUGCAGACAGUGCGUUUUUAUUUCAUUUCUUUUUUCCCUUUCAGUUGGGAAGAAACGAAAGGGAAGGUUACAGAGAUAUAGGACUCUGACAUGAGUCUGAUUUAGCCUCGAUUAUAUUGAUAUUUUAACUCUCUUUCUUUCUCAGAUCUGCCUCCUUGCGAAGGGGAGGGAUAGAGAGAGACAGACAGGGAGAUCUAUGAUCAGUUCUAUGUCGUUGUAAGAACUCCUAAGAAAAGGGAAGAAAAGGAGAGAGAGAAAGACGAGCUGGUUUUCUAUUAUACAAAAAACCCCACACGUGAUCUUAAGCUUCCAUCCCUCAGAAGGAUUUUCAUCAAGGUCUUGAAGCUACUACUACAAGAAUUAAAGCCAUCACUUCAUUCCUACUUUACACCUACUUAUCUGCAAUAUCACAGUCGUACUACUCUAACUUUUUACAGUAGAAAUAACUCUUUUCUAAGCUUGAUGGCAACUUACUUCCAUGGCGCACCGGAAAUUCACCCUGAUGGUCUACAAACGCUAUAUCUGAUGAACCCCGGCUAUGUCGGCUACGCCGAUCCCGCCGGUGCUCCGGCGGCAAACAUGGUCUUUCUCAACUCCGGCGGCAUCACCUCCCUCAAUCCCAUAAACCUCUCCCACUCUCCACCACCGAACCACCAACAACAGCACUUUGUGGGAAUUCCGCUCCCGCAGCCACAGGAAAACUCUGCCGGUCGCUUCCACUACAACCUUUGGAGUCAAGCGCCGGCAACUAAUCUGAUGGGGCGCGGAACAACUCAACAAGGCUUGUCACUUAGCCUCUCCCCACAGCAACCGCAUCCAUAUGGUAGUUACCGAGCGGAGGCUGAGGUUUCAGCGCCGAUGCCGGAGAUGACUAUUGCCGGAGACGAUGGGGUACGGCCCAUGGGGACAACGGGGCCGCCGGGAACAGCAGGAAUCCAAAGCGUGCUAAUGAACUCCAAGUACUUAAAGGCAGCCCAGGAGCUACUCGAUGAGGUCGUAAGUGUCGGAAAAGGAGUUGGCGCAGAGACGAUGAAGAAAAAUGGAGAGAAGAGUCCUAUGAAGAGUAGUAAAGAGCUGGAUGUAAAGGGUGAGGGGGAAUCAAGUGGAAAACGUGAAGCCGAGCUCACGACGGCUGAGAGGCAGGAGUUACAGAUGAAGAAGGCCAAGCUCGUUGGUAUGCUUGGGGAGGUGGAACAGAGGUACAGGCAAUAUCACCAUCAGAUGCAGAUAGUUGUCUCUUCCUUCGAAGCAGUGGCAGGCCAUGGUUCCGCAAGAACAUACACAGCUCUUGCUCUUCAAACCAUUUCGAAGCAAUUCCGGUGCCUUCGAGACGCCAUUUCCGGGCAACUAAAGGCAACCGGAAGAAGCCUCGGAGAAGAAGAUUGCCUUGUGGGAGGUGCCAAGUCCAUAGGCUCCAGGUUAAGGCUCGUCGACCAUCACCUGAGACAGCAGAGAGCUCUUCAGCAGCUAGGGAUGAUGCAGCAUAACGCUUGGAGGCCGCAGCGAGGUCUUCCUGAGCGCGCCGUCUCCAUUCUCCGAGCUUGGCUCUUUGAGCACUUCCUCCACCCCUACCCGAAGGACUCGGACAAACUCAUGCUCGCAAAGCAAACAGGGCUCACUAGGAGUCAGGUCUCAAACUGGUUCAUAAACGCAAGAGUCCGGCUCUGGAAGCCGAUGGUGGAGGAGAUGUACGUGGAGGAGACAAAAGAACACGAACAGAUGAAGCCGGAAGAGAAGAGCAGCUACAGCGAAUCUAACGAGGACUCAACUUCCAAAGCAAGCAGCCAAACCAAAACAGAGCAAGCCAAUAGUUUCACAUCCAAGAAGCAGGACAAAUCAAACGAGCCAAAGCCUUCUAGUUCAAUUGCGAUUCCGGUCACUAAGUUCGGAAUUUCUAAUAACCAUGAUGAAGAAUCACUCAUGCAGCCAUUUCUAAAGAAGGUAAGGAACAAUGAAUCUCUGCAUCUAAACCCCUUGCCGCAUUCUUUGACGUUGGAGAUGAAGCCAGAGGAGUUUAGCAACCGGGAGCUUCUCAUGAAGUUUAUGGAAGCAAGGAGCAAUGCAAAUAAUGGACACGCACUUAUGAACGGUGGUGGAAAUCAUGGAGGAGGUUUCAACGCAUACUCAAUUGGAGAUAUUGGGAGGUUUGAUACGGAGCAAUUCACUCCAAGUUUUCAUGGUAAUGGUGUUUCUCUAACUCUUGGACUCCAACACUGUGAGUCUCUGUCGUUAACAGGAACAGAGCCACCAUAUCUCUCCAACGAGAGUAUUCCAAUGGGGAACGAAGCCAAUGCAUUCUGCAGCUUGAACAACAAUCCACAGGCUUCUCACCCUUCAAAUGCCUAUGAAAGCAUUGAUAUUCAGAACAGGAAGAGGUUUGCAGCUCAAUUACUACCAGACUUUGUAGCUUGAAUUGGAGCCUCUGCACUUCUUAAUUAGUUUUUAGUUAGAGUAUUAUUGGGGUGUUUAUGAAGUAAUUUUGUUGGAGGAGAGAAGCUAUAGUCAUCAAGCUAUCCUUCUCUUUUGGCCCUCCAACUCCAAACUUUUGUCUUCAUUGCCUUCCUCUCGUGGGAGAAGAAGGAGAAGCAAAAGGAGUAGCUAGAUAUAGUGUAAAGGAAAGAGUAGCUUGAGUUAUAGUUUUAUACUUGAUAGAACCAUUUGUGCUUGAAAUUUAAGUAGACGAGGGGAAGGAGUUUGAGUAGUGAAAAUCUAGGGUGAGUGUAUAUUAUUUUAGCCCUUCUCAUACAUAUCAAUAAUGAACUUGCAAUAAUUUCCUAUUUAGUUAAAUAAUAUGAUUUGUAUUAAUUUAUACUUUC